CAUUCAGCCAGCAGAAUGCAAAGUAUACCGUCAGCAGGGCUCGCGUGAAGGGGAAAAUUUUUGAUGUGAUUAAUUUGCAGUUUGCGAAAAAAAAGUGAUUCUCCAUUAGCUCAUCCGUUUCGUUGCGCUUGGUUUCGAUAACCUGCUGAUAUCGCGAGUGCACCAGUUAUCUUAAACAUUCGGAUAGUCUAAAAAUGCAUCGUCACCGUUCAGUCGCAGCAAGUGCGCCGAGAUAAAGGCGAAAUUAGUUUUGUUUCCUGUUCCCUCUUCGAUACUCCGUUCGAUUCCGAGGAAGAGAGAAAUAAAGUGCAACUACGCAAAGUGCAAGGACAACUAGAAAAGUGAUGGUGUUGAUAAUGGAACGCUUAUCCCGUUGAGGCGUAAAAUACUGGAUUUUUUUUUUCUGCCCCAAUGGAUUAGAUGUAGUUUGUACGUCCUAAUCACCUGAUACGCACUUCACAGAACAUGAUAAAAUCUACAAAGAAAAGAAAUAACAAAAAUUAUUCAACAGCAUGGAACCCCGAACGGAACAAUCAGUUUAACACAAAACAAUGUGAAAUGGUGACUAUCACUUCGGUGGUACGAGAAUAAAUAGUGAAUAAGAAGAAAAAAAAAAUCUAAGAAAAAAGUGCACCCUACAGCUUUUUGUAUGGAAUCCUAACUGAAGACUGCUGUAGAGCAGAGUUCUGUGUGGGUAGAAGAAAUUACGCUGAUACUGGAAAACUCCCGAAGAAAAUGGGUGCAAAGGAUUCGAAACCAUCCUGCAUCAGCUACGAAGAUGCAGUGAAAAGAGUUACCGAUUCCGAGCUUCGAAGAAUAAAGGAUGCCUUCAAGCGCUCUGCCGGCACCAGCGGAACCGUUCUUAGCAAAAGCGCCUUCGUGCAGGAUGUCCUCGGUGAUGGUGUUCCGACGGUGGUAGCCGACUGGUUGUACUCGGCCUGCGGUGGCACGACGAAAGGAAUCGCAUUCAAGGAGCUCCUGUGCGGACUGGUGUUGCUAACGAAAGGAACGCAGGACGAAAAAAUCAGAUUUCUAUGGACACUCUACUGCAACGAUUCCGGGACUCACAUCCUUAAGCAAGAUUUCCAAAAAGCCAUACAAAUUGAAACUACGUACCAAAGCAAUGUUUUGAACGCAACCACCAAUUGUAGUAUUAGUAAUAACAACAAUAACAAUCAAUCGAUAGUGAGUAAAAGCAACAGCCUAUCCAAAUACACCGUAGCGUUGUUUGGUCAAAAUGAUCGAGUCACGUUCGAUCAGUUCAAAUCGUGGAUCCAAAUUUACAAGGGGGCCACAGUUCUGUCGAAGUGGCUGCUACAGGAUGCAUGCGUUAAUCUUAGCUCGGAGCUGGAAACGCCCACUUUCUACCAGAGCCUGGCGGGGGUUACACACCUGGAGGAGCAGGACAUCGGUGAUCUGGAGAAGGUGUUUUGGUUGCUGAAGGGACUGGCACUGACUGGUCAGUUGGAUCUAGAAUCGCUUGGACCGCUGAUUUGUCCACCGGUGCCAAAGGCGGCCCUUGGAGGCGUUUUCCUAGCGUUCGAUGAGAACCAUGACGGGCAUAUUGAUUUCAAGGAACUUUGCUGCGGGGUUAGCGCUGCCUGUCGAGGACCGAAUGUCGAAAGGAGUAAAUUUUGCUUCAAAGUAUUCGAUAUUGAUCGAGAUGGAGUCUUGAACUCUGCUGAGGUUGGUAAAAUGGUGGAAAUUCUACUGUUUGUCGCCAAAGAAACGAAUGCUGUUUGCUACAAAAGUGUUACCAGUAAGAAAGUGACGGAGGAACUGUAUCGAAGGGCGACCGAUGUGAACCAGAGUUGCGAAGAAGGACAUAUGAAAAAGGAGAUUCCAGAUCCCAUUCCAGAGUUUCGGUUCACCCAGGAGGAUUUCCUAAUUUGGAGUAUAGAAAGCACUACCAAUUUGGUUCAACCAUUCUUGGAUUUACUAUUUGAGGUUUGUCACAUCGUGCUUGGAUUAAGGCCGCAGUGCAAACAUUUGGAAGGGGAUAUAGUCCGAGGCUGGUUAGCUCGAGAAGUGAGAAGAGGCUACAAAGUCGGUCAGUUUUGGUACUUGAUUUCGUCUGAUUGGUGGCAUUAUUGGAGCCAGUAUACGCAACCCCCGGCGAAUACUAGUUGCGUUCACUGCAAAAUUGCUUCCAGUUAUGGUAGUAAUCGUAAAAAUGCGACCACCGCUAGCAUUGCUGGUGUAGACGAAGCGAUGAUCUGUGAUGAAAGUUUCACGUCGAACUCGACCGAAAGCAUGGGUGAUUUACUCAACACGGGAGAUUCGUCUAGUCUUGGUUCUGGAAGCAGUGGCAUUUCAUGCGGUAGACACUCCGGCGGACCUCCGGGUGUGAUAGAUAACAGUAAUUUGAUAUCACCUGUCCUUCAUAAACAGAUACCAACGUUAACGGGAGAAGGUGGACGACUGAAACUAGAUUUGACUCUUGCUCAGCAUCGAGAUUUCGAGCUUGUUCCAGAAUCUUUGUGGAAAGCUCUCUCCCAGUGGUAUGGUGGUCCUUUACCGCUACCAAGGCAAGCUAUUCAACCUCUUAGUACGGGAGACGUUGAGCUGGAGCUGUACCCGUACAAUCUACGAAUCAUGAGACAUCAGAGUGCACCCAAUCAACAACAACAACAGAGCAAUAGUGCUUGGGGUAGUAUAUCAGGUGGCUACGGUACUUUGACUACUGGUAGCUACCCAAGUGUUUCAUCGGUUUUACAACCUCCAAAAAAGUAUCUUGCAUACACAGCAGCUUUCAGUCGGCUCGCCACUGUCAAACAAGUUGCUGAAUUCCUUUGCCAAAGACUGAAACUCCGCGUGGAAGACAUUCGGCUUUGGCACCUAGUGCCAACUCCUGCGGGAGUUACUGAUGGGAAUCUAUUGGAAGACGAUAUCCUCACUCUUCAAGAACUGUCCAUAUCAGAUAACGAUCAACUGUUGCUGGAAAUCCGCAAUAAAGAUCUAACCUGGCCGGAAGAGCUUGGGUCUCUAACACUAGCUCAUAGCAGCAGUCAUGGUAAUCUGGAUCGCCGUGGAACGCUUGCGUCCAUUCAAUCACAGCAUCCGCCAGGUGCCACUGGGUUGCACAAUCUCGGAAAUACCUGUUUCAUGAACGCAGCCCUACAAGUCCUCUUCAACACACAACCACUCACACAAUAUUUCAUCAAGAAGAUGCACAUGUAUGAGCUAAAUGUCAGCAACAAACUGGGAACCAAGGGACAACUUGCGGUGCGCUAUGCCGAACUCUUGCGAGAAGUUUGGACUGCAUCACAGCGUUCAAUUGCUCCGCUGAAAUUGCGGUUUUGUGUCACUAAACAUGCACCGCAAUUUUCCGGCGGAGGCCAACACGACUCCCAAGAACUGCUCGACUGGUUACUGGAUUCGUUGCAUGAAGAUCUAAAUCGAGUGAUGGAGAAACCGUACAGUGAACUGAAAGAUUCCGAUGGACGAUCCGAUGUGGAGGUUGCGACAGAAGCUUGGUCACAGCAUCACGCGCGAAAUCAAAGUAUUAUCGUGGAUCUUUUCUACGGACAGUUGAAAUCUAAGGUUACCUGUACCGGCUGUGGGCGGGAUUCGGUUCGGUUCGAUCCGUUCAGCUUGCUCAGUCUGCCACUGCCUGUGGAGAACUACACUUAUUGUGAGGUUUUAGUAACACUGCUGGAUGGAUCGGUCCCAGUGAAGUAUGGCCUUCGACUGAACUCGGAGCAGAAGUAUUGGGAUCUGAAAAUACAACUUGCUGACCUGUGUAUCCUUGACCCCGAACUGAUGUUGAUAUGCGAAUUGUCGAAUUCUCAAAUCCGUUGUAUCCUUCCGAACGAGCAGAAAAUCAAACCUAGUACCGCCUGUGAGCUGUUUGUUUACGAACUACCAAAGCUGGAUAACGUUCUUGUACGAUCCCGGGCUGGUUCCGAGCUAGCUAUCAACAUUGAGAAAGGACUGAAAGAUAUUCAACGAACACCAGCUCUUCUACUACCGUCACUAGAGCCGAACCAGCUAACAACCAGCUCGGCCCAUACAACAAUCUCUUCCUCAUCUUCGUCAUCGACCACCGUAGAUGAAUCGGUGGCGAUUACCGGCAGCGGCCUGCGGAUAGGUUCUGGUGGUGAAAACCCCUUCAAAUGUAGACCCGGUUCCAGUGGGACAACAAUCGACUGCACUGGUCCGAGCGGUAUCAACUUUCGUAAAAGUUCCGCCACGACGGCAGCGAAGGUAAGCCGGUGCUUUGGGAACACACUCUGCAUGCCCCCGAAUAUGUUGUGCUUCAAGCACAUUCCCGAAAUCAGUGCCAGUCCUGAUAGUACCUUUACAUUCAAUGAAAUACCCCAGUUUGCUAGCACCGCGUAUGCAACGAGCUCACAGUAUAAAGAUCAAUCUCACAAAACUAUAUCGACGACAAAUUUGUUAAACAAUGUCGACAAUGGCUGGAAUGCAUCUACGGGCAGUGGCAUGACGGGCGACCAAGAUGAGCAAAAAACUCCCUGCAAUGAUUGUGAUAUUAUCUAUAAUGGCCACGCCACCGAUGUGAGUGAUCCGUUUCCGUACGUCGAUAGCAAUACGAUACAUCAACAUAAUCAUCAUCUCCAACAACAACAACAGCACCACCAAGGUGACUCCUUCAAUCUAAGUGCAAUUAGACGACCGUUGAGUGCGAACAGCGGAGGAAUGUACAAUAAUCAGCCAAAGAACAACUAUUUGAUAGCGGUACAUCGUAAGCUAAGCCGACAGGACACCUAUUUCCUAUCACAUCAUAAGUCGCGACCGGGUCUUUUCGGUGUACCGCUGCUGAUCCCGUGUUACGAUGGAGUAACUAACAAAGAGCUGUACUGCUCGGUUUGGUUACAAGUUGCACGGCUAUUGAGUCCACUUCCGCCGACGCCACCCGAUCAGUCAAAUCAUGCUACAGACUGUGAUGAUAGCUUAGGUUAUGAUUUCCCGUUUACCCUACGGGCCGUUGCCAGUGGCGGACGAAUAUGUGCGCUAUGCCAAUGGUCUCGUUUUUGUCGAGGGUGUGAAAUACCCUGCAAUGAUGAACCUCUGCUACAAGGCCUAAUAUAUUCGGCCACAUCAUCCAGUAACAGCUCUACGCCAAAUCUUUCGUCAAGGGAACACACGCCAACAUUUCGACGGAAAACGUACGCUAGCUCGAGUGGGUCUUCCCUGGAUGGCAAUCAAUCUUCCCCGACACCAUCGUUGCGAUGUAUCAACACCAGUCAUAUUCAAAUUGCCAUCGAUUGGGACCCGACCGCGCUUCAUUUGCGCUAUCAGAGCACACGGGAACGGUUGUGGACCGAGCAUGAAUCUGUGUCAAUCUGCAGGAAGCAGCAAACUGAGCCAGUCGAUUUGGAUCACUGCUUGCGGGCGUUCACCUCAGAGGAAAAGCUGGAACAGUGGUACCACUGUUCUCACUGCAAGCAGAAAAAGCCAGCCACCAAGAAACUGCAGAUCUGGAAACUGCCACCGAUACUGAUUGUACACCUGAAACGUUUCAACUACGUGAACAAUAAAUGGGUCAAAUCACAGAAGGUAGUCAACUUCCCAUACGAAGACUUUGAUCCGACGCCAUACCUUGCAUCGGUCCCGCAGGAAACUAUUCUCCGUCACAAGGAGUUGCUGGAGGGAAUAGGAAGUGGUCAUUAUGGCUACGAUGGUCGCAAUCACGAUUGUCACGAUGAGAUUGUGGAGUUCGAUCGAGAAAUGUCCAUGAUUGACGAAGUGGGUGAUGAGGUUUCUCUGUCGUCGAUAACGGGCACUAUUGAACGGGUUAGAUCUGUUGAUAUCGAAAAGAGUGACACUGAUGGUGCCAAGGACAAGGAAUCAGAAAGUGUUAUUGAUACCUGUAGAGUGAGUGAGGGUAAUUGUAAUAUUACUCCGGCCAUCGUUGGGACGCAUCCGGUGGUUGCUGUUCGACAGGAAGGUAGUGAAUCGGAAGAAAGUCCGAGUAAAUCGAAACAUCGAAUCAGUGCCAUGUCAAAAGGUCAACGAAAGCGACUCGUGUCGUCUAGUUUGACGAAAACGCCAAUUGUCGAUGGACAGUUCAAGGAUUUCCAUAAUCAUCACCUUAAACCGGAUACGGAUCCGUUCGAUCUAAAAUACCAACUAUACGCCACCGUAUGCCACUCGGGUAUGCUGAACGGUGGUCACUACAUUUCAUACGCUGCCAAUCCGAACGGAUCGUGGUAUUGCUACAACGACAGUUCUUGUCGUGAGAUUCCUGUGCGGCCAAAGAUCGACCCAAGCACCGCUUAUCUCUUGUUUUAUGAGCGACGCGAUCUUGAUUAUGAACCGUAUUUGCCUAAUGCAGACGGGAGACACAUUUCAGCAGAGCAUCUGGCUGAAUUUGAAGAGAGUGAAAGUGACCUCAAGAAAAUGUGUACGAUUAUGUAGAAGUUAGCCCCAUCGGCGAUAACGACCCCAAUGCGAAGUUGGGGUUCCGCUACGCUGGGAAAAUUGUUCAACCUAUCGUUGCCUUCGAGUAGGUAAGCCAUCACUGUAGGACAACAGCAACUGAUAGUGCUCCUGAUAUUGAAUGAGAUCUGUUCCCCUUUGAUUGAUUUGAAGCCGUAAUUAACUAUUGCAUGCAUGAGCAAAGUUCGUUCCCGAUCUUUGUACGACGUACGGCAGAAAACCGGAGCAAUAAUCGGAUUUGCACCCGUGCGACUCGGGCAGCUCUGCUUUCUGCUACCAUUGCUGGAAACAAAUCUGCAGAGCCCGUACAGGCUAAUGAUCCUUGUUCCUUUAUUUUGUAUCAUAGCUAGGUAAGGCACAUUUUGGUAGAAUCGCACGCUACUUCUAAAAUGCGAACACAAUUCAAAAGUUCGUUCAACAUCAUGUGCUACAAAUCAUUUAGAAAGCUACAUAUGUUGUUUGGCUUAGGAAAAAAUAUUUAAUAUAAAUACAUUAUAUAAUAAAAAAAAUAUAUAUAAUUCAUCGUCCGUGUGUAGGUUGUUCCUACAGUUCGCUGCGGACCAAGCUAGAUCAAUGCUGUUGAUCUAUGUUUUGUAAAUUGUUAAGAGAAUACUAGCUUUAUUAAAGCGAUAAGAUAAGCAAUUAGAUAAAUUGAUUCACCAUCUAAUCGGAGCAUCUAGAGAAAACUAUCAAUAGAUCAUGAAGAAGAGACAUUCCAAAUUGCAGAUUAUUUUGGUCCACGCAAAGAUACCUAACAUCUAACGUGGAUUACGUCGGCAUCGAAGCUAGCUUUUAAGUGUUGUGCUCUACGGCAUGUGUGUAGUCAGUAAAAUGGGAAAAUAAUGGAUAUUUAAUCAGCUUUCGUUAAGAAGUAAAAUUUUAACUCCAAACAGUCAUUGUUAUUUUCGUUGUGCGCUGAAUACUCUGUUGAGAAUGAUUGGUUUCUGUUCAUCAAUAAAACAAUUAAAAUUAGAUGUUGAUAGAUAAGGUACCCUUUGGAAGGACAGACAGUGAGUUGUUAUGAAAUGAUGUUUUGCGUUUUUUAUGUUUGUUGUUCUACAGCAAAAAGUUUUGUGGAUUUCAAUCAUUCGUUUUGAUCGUCUUUUUGUUUGUUAUAUUUUCUUUUAUCUUAUUAAUUAUUAUUAUUACUAUUAUGGGAAGCAAUUCCUUUGUUGCGUAUCGAAUGUGACUUGGUUGAAGCAAUAUUAAAUAUUGAUGAUUACUACUUCAAAGAAA